CACAAACACACAAAACAAUUCAAGAAUAUACUAAAUCAAGUCAAAUACCCAAAAAUAAUGCACAAAAACCUAACUAAGACAUAAACACAAAAAUCACAUUUUGUAAUAAUUCAUAUAUUAAACACAAAAUAUUUAAAAAUAAAAUUUAUUAUUUUAAAUAAAGAAAAAGAAAAAACCUUGGGAUCGAAGUGAGGAGACAACAGGUAGCUCGACGGCGGACUGGAAAACGGUGAUGGUAGACUGGAACGGCGAUGGCUGACUGGAACAGCGAUGGGAGCUCGAUUGCGGGAGAACAACGACGAGAUUUUAGGUUGACAAUGGGAGCUAAAGCGGCGAAGAGCUUCGAGCCCUCCCAUGCCCGCAUCUUCACCUUCGAACUCCACCACCGGUUCUCCGACCCCGUCAAGAAAUUGGCCCUCCAGAGAACUGCCGCCGGCGCAUCUUUACCGGUCUACAGUUGGCCGGCAAAGGGCAGUCUUGAUUACUAUACACAACUGGCCAGCCAUGAUAUGUUCUUACAUGGCCGGAGACUGUACGACUCCGAUAGCAGCAGAAGCCUCACUUUCUCCGAUGGGAAUUCCACUUUCCGGAUCAGCUCUUUGGGAUUCUUGCAUUACACAACUGUGACUCUGGGGACGCCGGGUAUGAGGUUUAUGGUGGCUCUGGAUACUGGGAGCGAUUUGUUUUGGGUACCCUGUGAUUGUUCCAAUUGCACAUCUACAGAUUCCGAUUUUGCUCUAAGCAUUUACAACUUGAAUGGAUCAUCAACUGGAAAGGAAGUCACCUGCAGCAACAGCUAUUGCUCUCAUCGCAGCAACUGCCUUGGCGAAUAUAGCCAUUGCCCUUAUUCGGUCUCGUAUCUCUCCUCAGAAACUUCAACUUCCGGAAUUCUGCUGCAGGAUGUUCUGCAACUGGAAACAGAUGACAGUGAGGAAGAGUUUGUUGAGGCAUAUGUUGUCUUUGGGUGUGGUCAAGUGCAAACCGGUUCGUUCCUAGAUGUUGCAGCCCCGAACGGGUUAUUCGGGCUUGGUUUUGAGAAAGUAUCAGUCCCUCGUAUCCUAUCCCGAGAAGGGUACAUGCCAAAUUCUUUCUCCAUGUGUUUUGGCCGUGACGGAGUGGGAAGGAUUGACUUUGGCGAUAAGGGUAGUCUUGACCAGGAAGAAACCCCUUUCAACUUGAAUCCGUUGCACCCUAGGUACAACAUCACCAUUUCACAGAUUCGUGUUGGCACUGAUAUCGUCGAGUAUGAGUUUGAUUCACUUUUUGAUACUGGAACCUCCUUCACCUAUUUGGAUGAUCCGCCUUACACGAAGCUUUCUCAGAGUUUUGACUCGCAAACACGGGAUAGAAGAUAUGCAUUUGAUCAAAGGAUCCCUUUCAAGUAUUGUUAUGAAAUGAGCUCUAAUUCAACUACUAGUUUGAUUCCUACAAUGAGCCUAACUAUGAAAGGAGGAGGCCGCCUUGUUGUCUUUGAUCCCAUAAUUGUCAUCUCACUUCAGAGCCAACUUGUGUAUUGCCUUGGUGUUCUGAAGAGCCAAGAUUACAAUAUAAUUGGACAAAAUUUCAUGACUGGAUACCGGUUCGUGUUUGAUCGCGAAAAGGUUACUCUUGGGUGGAAGAAGUUUGAUUGUUAUGACACUGAGAAGGUGCACAUGCCCUUAAAUACAACCAGCGUGCCUCCAGCCGUGGCUGCUGGUGACCUACAAUCGGAUGGCAGGACAAGCAUUACCCAAAGUUCAUUUGCAAUCCCAGCCUGUGAAAUGCCAGCCUUAGCUCUGGCUUACAGUUGCCUAGUGUUUCUUGCCCUCCUUGUAUAGACAUGAUGAUCCUGUAUCUAUUGAACACAAUG